GCUUCAUAAUUUAGUCUCUAAAUUAGCCUUAAUUCUAAUAGUUCAUACACAUACGCACACACGCACACACGGAGAUGACGUUGCAGGAGGGGCAGGAAGUAAACAUGGCGUCUGGACAGCAAUGGGUGUUGGUGGAAAUGGUGCAAGCAUUGUACGAGGCCCCAUCUUAUCACCUCAUUUUGGAAGGCAUCCUCAUUUUAUGGAUAAUCAGGCUUCUCUUCUCUAAAACAUACAGGCUCCAUGAGACAAAUAAACUGACUGAAAAGGAAAAAGAAGAUCUUAUUGAGGAGUGGCAGCCUGAACCUCUUGCUCCCACUAUUUCCACAGAUUCGCCAUACAUAACCUACGAUAUUGUCACAGGACCCCCCAGCCACAAAAUCAUAAUCAAUGGAAAAGAGUGCAUUAACUUUGCAUCAUUUAACUUCCUGGGUCUCCUUGACAAUGAACGAGUCAAGCAAAAGGCACUGUCAUCUCUGAAGAAAUAUGGGGUUGGAACAUGUGGUCCCAGGGGCUUCUAUGGAACGUUUGAUGUUCACCUGGAGCUGGAGAGCCGGCUUGCCAAAUUCAUGAAAACAGAGGAAGCUAUCAUCUACUCAUAUGGCUUUGCUACCAUUGCUAGUGCCAUUCCUGCCUACGCCAAGAGGGGAGACAUCAUAUUUGUGGACGAGGCAGCCUGCUUUUCCAUCCAAAAAGGUCUUCAAGCUUCCCGCAGCUUUCUUAAAUACUUCAAGCACAAUGACAUGGAUGACUUGGAGAGGCUUUUAAAGGAGCAAGAGUUGGAGGACCAGCAGAACCCUCGUAAGGCUCGGGUGACUCGCAAGUUCAUUGUGGUGGAGGGACUGUACAUCAACACUGCUGAUAUAUGUCCACUUCCUGAACUGGUGAAACUAAAGUACAAGUAUAAGGUGCGGAUUUUCCUGGAGGAGAGCAUGUCUUUUGGUGUGUUGGGAGAGCAUGGCCGAGGGGUUACAGAGCACUUUGGAGUCAAUAUAGACGACAUUGAUUUGAUCAGUGCUAACAUGGAGAAUUCUUUGGCCUCCAUUGGAGGAUUUUGCUGCGGACGCUCUUUUGUUAUAGACCACCAGCGCCUGUCAGGACAAGGCUACUGUUUCUCUGCAUCUCUGCCUCCCAUGCUAGCUGCUGCAGCUAUUGAGGCCCUCAGCAUUAUGCAAGAGAAUCCAGAGAUAUUCACCGUUCUGAGGAAGAAAUGCACAUAUGUCUACAAAGAACUACAAGGAAUUCCUGGGCUCAAGUUGGUGGGAAUGCAGUUUGCUCCUGCUCUUCACCUGCAGCUGAAGAGAAGUUCAGGCUCUCGAGAGUCUGACAUGCAGAUGCUACGCUCAAUUGUUGAUUAUUGUAUGGAGAGGCAAGUGGCACUUACUCUCGCCCGAUACCUCGAAAAAGAGGAACGCUAUCCCCCUCCGCCCAGCAUCAGAGUGGUGGUGACCAUCGAACAGACGGAGGAGGACAUCCUGAAAGCCAAGUUGUGUAUCCAGGAGGCUGCUUUAACGUUACUUAAAUGAAUGUUUUGUUUUGUUUUUCUACCUUCCAAUGUCAAUGAACUUCUUAUCUGUUAUCUAUUUCUGAGUAGUAUGGUUGACAGACACGCACACACAUCAUGAGCACACUUAUAUUGCAAGGCUUUUUAUAUCCUAUCCCUGAUUUUAAUUUCUUCCCCUUCCCUCUCAGUAUCUUGUAUAUCCAUAUCAUGAAUGUUGACAGCUGUGACUAAGGAAAGGAAAAACAUUCCUGAGGCUGCAAUGCUAAUGUCACUCUUCAGAGAACUUGACAGCUAUCUGAUUGUAACUACCGUUUUUUUCCGUGUAUAAUGCGCAAAAUUUAACUAAUUUAUUGUCCUAAAAUCUGGGGUGCGCAUUAAACAUGGGUACAAUUUUUUUUAUUUUAUUUAUUUAUUUUUUUUAUUUUUAUUUUUUAAGAAAAUCAUGGUACAACAAAACCAACAACAGGACUGACCGACAAAGACAUGGAACAAAAAGACAGGGUGACAUUACCAAAGACAGGAACAGAAACCAAACAGACAUCAUGACAGUAACACAUCCAAUGAUCCGACGGUGAGCGAGGGGCAGACAGGACUUAAAUACAAAACACGUUACAUUGAUUGAGGUGACACAGGAAGGGAGGGGCGACGUGAACAGAAACUAUGGCAACCUAGACACAUAGCAAAACUGGGGACGAGACAUGACAAAUCUCCCUCGAAAUCAAACUUGAAAUCACCUUUCUUCUUGUUUGUUGUCAAUAGCGCAUCGCAUUCAGCCAUCCUGCCCAACACACUUAGUCAGUAAAAUUCGUAAUUGACGACACAUCGUUUGAUGCGAUGGUGCAAUCCUUGAUGGUGUGUUAUUGUCAAGUAUUGUUUGGUUUUUAAUCUCCAUCGCGGACCGGGCGUUAUACGGAGCCAGUAUGACUGUGCAUGCGCACUAUGGAUCCGAUGCGCAGAACGGAUGCGCAAGACACGUCAGCUAUAUAAAGAGCGAGAGUUGUUUUCUUCCUAUUAGUUUCAAUUCACAGUUUAAUUAGCAGUUUCAAUCAGCAAAUAACAAAAUGCGUAUUACAGGUAAUAUUUUAUUUCACAACACUUUGCCUUGUUCCUUUCGUCUCUGCUGUUCACUUCAAACACGCUCCAUACGACCGCAAUGCUCUCGUAUCAGACGCUUGCUCGAUCACCUGCUCGUUUGCUGUCACAAUGUACCCUACACAAAUCCGAAACAUUUGUUGCGGCUCCGAGUCACGGCGAGGGGCAAAUUUUGGUUUCCAAGGGUGUUUUUAUUCCUCUUCAACGUCUCUCCCAUACAGAGCCGCCUUUUUCACGUCCGCACGCCUUUUUCACAUGUGCGCACUGAUCGCGGUGGUGCCUUUACGGGCAGUCGGACAAAUCAUCGCCAACAAAAAAAAUUACAUCCAGCCUAGUUAAGACCAUACCAAAGACUAUAAAAAUGGGACCCAUUGCCUCCCUGCGUGUGUGACGAUCAUUGGGACUUAAAAAAAAAAUUUUUCUAAAAAUUGAGUGCGUAUUAUACAUGGGUACAGGCUUUUUUCCAGCAUCAUGCCAUUUUUAGGGUGCGUAUUAUACAUAGGGGUGCAUUAUACACGGAAAAAAACGGUAUAUAUCCUUAGUUGCAGAUUAAAAUGUUGCAACAUCCGGAUUGCAACAUUGACAUUUUGUCAUGUUAAGCGCAUACAUGGACAUACAUUGCCUUGUUUUAGUCUUAAUUUCUUUCACUUUGUUAUUACUUAUUGUACCUUCAACAAAUGUUUUUUACUAAGCAAAUUAUAGAAUAAUUAAUCACUAAUAUGUCAAAUAAAUCUUUAUUUCUGACCGAAA